GUCCCCCGCCGCCUCGAUCCCCUCCUCUCCUCCUCCGCCUUCCUACCCAUAAGAACUUUCAUUCCCUCCUCCGCCUUUCCACCUGUAAGAACUUCCUCCGUCCUCCUCUUCUCCAAGUCUUCCAUCUGCAACUUCUUUCAUUUUUCAACUUCUUGCAUUGAAGACGAGCAGCUCCAACAGCCUUUUCCACAUCUUUUCUUUUGGAAUUUCUAAGGAGGAUUUUUUUGACUCUACCUAUUUCUGAGAUAAGAAAUCUGUUCUCAUUGUAUUUCUCUAGACCUCUGGACCCAAAUCUUCACUUCCUCUCAUUUCUUUCCGACGGAUUUCGGGGGUUCCUUCUCUUUUCUUCCGCUGCAAUCAGUUUUUUGCUGGAGUUUGAUCGACAAUGAACAAGAUAGGCUCCAACUCAAUGGAUUCGUUACUUAUGGCUGAACAUGCUGCUUUGCUCAAGCAAAAAUUACAUGGUGAAAUUGCAGCUCUGCAGGCGCAGCGGCACGCGCUUAUGUGGGGAGCUGUCUCUUACAUCGUUGUUUUCUCCAUUUUUCUCAUCGUUUUUUCGCUUAGAAAUAGAAAACCGCAGGAAGGCAAAGCAUACAAAAUGAAGUCCAUGAACGGCAAGGCUGUUCAGCCAAUGAGGAAAGUGCGGAGCUUCUCAGAAAGCUUCAACACCAAGAUGAGAUCUGCGAACAACUCGUGGAUGGUUGCAAACAAGGCGAGCAGUGGGAGCAGAUUCUAUGCCAACCAGAUCAAUGCGAUGCGUUGUCACUCAUUCGAUCGAAGGCCUUCCGAGACAAGCCCUGAGUAUUCCAGAUGCUUGACUGUUCGUCCUUUCAAACCCAUGCAUGCUUGAAAUGGCAGGCAUGGCGGGGGCGAGCAAUCUGUGUAAUAGUAAUCAGGAGCUAGAAUUUGCAAUCGGCUAACUAUUUUUGUCUGUAUGUGAUUAAGUUGCCAUGUGGAAUAAACAAAGAAAUUAUCAAG